AUGGAGCCCUCCGGUGGGAGCCAGGGGCCCGGCCGCGGGACCCGGGACAAGAAGAAGGGCCGGAGCCCGGAUGAGCUGCCUGCGACGGGCGGCGACGGCGGCAAAUCCAAGAAAUUUACUUUGAAGCGGCUCAUGGCAGAUGAGCUGGAGAGAUUUACCAGCAUGAGAAUUAAGAAGGAGAAAGAAAAGCCCAAUUCUGCUCAUAGAAAUUCUUCUGCAUCAUAUGGGGAUGAUCCUAUGGCACAGUCAUUGCAAGAUAUUUCAGAUGAGCAAGUUCUAGUUCUCUUUGAACAGAUGCUGCUGGAUAUGAACCUGAAUGAGGAGAAACAACAACCUUUGAGGGAGAAGGACAUUGUUAUCAAGAGGGAGAUGGUGUCCCAGUACUUACACACCUCCAAGGCUGGCAUGAGCCAAAAGGAGAGUUCUAGGUCUGCCAUGAUGUACAUUCAGGAGUUGAGGUCAGGCUUGCGGGAUAUGCCUCUGCUCAGCUGCUUGGAGUCCCUUCGUGUCUCUCUCAACAACAACCCUGUCAGUUGGGUACAAACAUUUGGUGCCGAAGGCCUGGCUUCUUUAUUAGACAUCCUCAAACGACUUCAUGAUGAAAAAGAAGAGACUCCUGGAAGCUAUGAUAGCCGGAACCAGCAUGAGAUUAUUCGCUGCUUGAAAGCUUUUAUGAACAACAAGUUUGGAAUCAAGACCAUGUUGGAGGCCGAAGAAGGAAUCCUAUUGCUGGUCAGAGCCAUGGAUCCUGGAGUUCCCAGCAUGAUGAUUGAUGCAGCUAAGCUGCUUUCUGCUCUCUGUAUCCUACCACAGCCAGAGGACAUGAAUGAACGAGUUUUGGAGGCAAUGACAGAAAGGGCCGAGAUGGAUGAAGUGGAACGUUUUCAGCCUCUGUUGGAUGGAUUAAAAAGUGGGACCUCCAUUGCAGUCAAGGUGGGAUGUCUACAGCUGAUCAAUGCUCUCAUCACUCCAGCUGAAGAACUUGACUUCCGAGUUCACAUCAGAAGUGAACUGAUGCGCUUGGGGCUGCACCAGGUGUUGCAGGACCUUCGAGAGAUUGAAAAUGAUGAUAUGAAAGUGCAGCUAACUGUGUUUGAUGAACAAGCAGAAGAAGAUUCCUAUGAUCUAAAGGGACGGCUGGAUGACAUUCGUAUGGAGAUGGAUGACUUUAGUGAAGUCUUCCAAAUUCUCUUAAACACUGUGAAGGACUCAAAGGCAGAGCCACACUUCCUGUCCAUCCUACAGCACCUGCUGUUGGUCCGAAAUGACUAUGAGGCUAGGCCACAGUACUAUAAGUUGAUUGAGGAAUGUAUUUCCCAGAUAGUUCUUCAUAAGAAUGGGGCUGAUCCUGACUUCAAGUGCCGGCACCUCCAGAUUGAUAUUGAAGGAUUGAUUGAUCAAAUGAUUGAUAAAACAAAGGUGGAGAAAUCUGAAGCCAAAGCUACAGAGCUAGAAAAAAAGCUGGACUCAGAGUUAACAGCCCGACAUGAGCUACAAGUGGAAAUGAAAAAGAUGGAAAGUGACUUUGAACAGAAACUUCAGAAUCUUCAGGGAGAAAAGGAUGCAUUGGAUUCUGAAAAGCAACAAAUUGCCGUAGAGAAACAGGACCUGGAAACAGAGAUGUCCCAGCUCACAGGAGAGGUUGCCAAGCUGUCAAAAGAACUGGAAGAUGCCAAGAAAGAAAUAGCUACUCUGUCUGCUGCAGCUGUUGCUGUAGCUCCUUCUGUUCUUAGUAGUACUACUGUUCCCCCUGCCCCUCCUCUACCUGGUGCCUCUGGCACUGUUAAUCUACCCCCACCUCCUCCUCCCCUUCCUGGAGUUGGUUCUAAUCUUCCAACUUGCCCUUUGCCUGGUAAUGUUUGCAUCCCCACACCCUCUUCUAUGCCUGCAGGUACUGGCAUCCCUCCACCCCCUCCUUUGCCAGGGGCUAUGGACACCCCCCCCCCACCUCCUUUGCCUGGAAGUACCUCCAUUCCCCCACCCCCUCCUUUGCCUAGAAGUACUUCCAUCCCCUCACCCCCUCCUUUGCCUGGAAUUACUUACAUCCCUCCACCCCCUCCUUUGCCCGGAAGUACUUCUAUCCCCCCACCUCCUCCCUUGUCUGGAAGUACUUCCAUUCCCCCACCACCUCCUUUGCCUGGGGGUGCUGGCAUCCCCCCACCUCCUCCCUUGCCCGGAGGAGUGGGAAUACCACCUCCCCCGCCACCUCUUCUUGGUGGUCCUGGAAUUCCUCCACCCCUUCCAUUUCCUGGAGGUCCUGGCAUUCCUCCACCUCCAGCUGGAAUGGGUAUGCCUCCACCUCCCCCUUUUGGAUUUGGAGUUCCUGCAGCCCCAGUUCUGCCAUUUGGAUUAACUCCUAAAAAGGUUUAUAAGCCAGAGGUGCAGCUCCGGAGGCCAAACUGGUCCAAGUUUGUGGCUGAGGAUCUUUCCCAGGACUGCUUCUGGACAAAGGUGAAAGAGGACCGUUAUGAGAAUAAUGAACUUUUUGCCAGACUUAGCCAUACCUUUUCUGCCCAGACCAAAACUUCCAAAGCCAAGAAGGAUCAGGAAGGUGGAGAAGAAAAGAAAUCUGUACAAAAGAAAAAAGUAAAAGAAUUAAAGGUGUUGGAUUCAAAGACUGCCCAGAAUCUAUCAAUCUUUUUGGGUUCCUUCCGCAUGCCCUAUCAAGAGAUUAAGAAUGUCAUCCUGGAGGUGAAUGAAGCUGUACUGACCGAGUCUAUGAUCCAGAACCUCAUUAAACAGAUGCCAGAACCAGAGCAGUUAAAAAUGCUCUCUGAACUGAAGGAUGAGUACGAUGACCUGGCGGAGUCAGAGCAGUUUGGCGUGGUGAUGGGCACAGUGCCCCGUCUGCGACCUCGCCUUAAUGCCAUCCUCUUCAAGCUACAAUUCAGCGAGCAAGUGGAGAAUAUCAAGCCAGAGAUUGUGUCUGUUACUGCCGCUUGUGAGGAGCUGCACAAGAGCGAGGGCUUCUCCAGGCUCCUAGAAAUUACCCUCCUUGUUGGAAACUAUAUGAAUGCUGGCUCCAGGAAUGCUGGUGCUUUUGGCUUCAAUAUCAGCUUCCUCUGUAAGCUUCGAGACACCAAGUCCACAGAUCAGAAGAUGACAUUGUUGCACUUCUUGGCUGAGUUAUGUGAGAAUGACUAUCCUGAUGUCCUCAAGUUUCCAGAUGAGCUUGCCCAUGUGGAGAAAGCCAGUCGAGUUUCUGCUGAAAACUUGCAAAAGAACCUAGAUCAGAUGAAGAAACAGAUUUCUGAUGUGGAACGUGAUGUUCAGAAUUUUCCUGCAGCCACAGAUGAAAAAGACAAGUUUGUUGAAAAAAUGACUAGCUUUGUGAAGGAUGCACAGGAACAGUAUAACAAGCUGCGGAUGAUGCACUCAAACAUGGAGACUCUCUAUAAGGAGCUGGGCGAGUACUUCCUCUUUGACCCCAAGAAGUUAUCUGUGGAAGAAUUCUUCAUGGAUCUGCACAACUUUAGGAAUAUGUUUUUGCAAGCAGUCAAGGAGAACCAGAAGCGACGGGAGACAGAAGAAAAGAUGCGGCGAGCAAAACUAGCCAAGGAGAAAGCAGAGAAAGAACGGCUGGAGAAGCAGCAGAAGAGAGAGCAACUCAUAGACAUGAAUGCAGAGGGAGAUGAGACAGGGGUGAUGGACAGUCUUCUGGAAGCUCUGCAGUCAGGAGCAGCAUUCCGACGGAAGAGAGGACCCCGUCAGGGCAAUAGGAAGGUCGGGUGUCUUGCAUCAAUGCUACCUCCAGACCUGAUCAAGGAUGAUGUCAUAACUGCUGGUCCUGCCAAGGUGUCCAAGAACAGUGAAGGAGUCCCCACAAUCCUUGAGGAAGCCAAGGAGUUGGUUGGCCGUGCAAGUUAACCUGGAUCCCAUGGCCACAGCAGCUCCUAAAUGGAGCCCAGACUGUCCUGCCCUGUAGCAUGUGCCUAAAGGGUCAGGGAGUGUUCCUCUAGAGCGGCCACUCCUAUCACCCUGACCAUUUCUUUCUGUCUGGCCUGCUGCUCUCUGAACAUUACAUACAUCUUCAGCUGCCUCUGGAGACCAAAAGGGCAGUGUGGGAGAGAUCUGAGCCCAACCCAGCCAGCCCUGGCCAUUGUGUUACCAAAGUAGGGUCCGUGUUUGCUGCCUUAACCCUGUCUCCUCUGUUACUCAGAGGGCCUUUUUUCAGACAAGGCCCAUCCUGCUUUCUCAGCCCGACUUUCUAGUGGGCCUUCCCUAGGUCAAUCUUGCUGGCUUUAUGCUUUUCUUUUGUGGUAUCUCUGGCCCUGAGAACAGCAUGGGGCUUAUGAACCUUUGGGCUAGAGCCCUCUUUCAUUGCUGUCACCUCUGCUCUUCCCCCUAUUGGCUAUUGUUAUUUAUUACUAAUGCUGUGGCACUGGGAGCUGCUUCUGAGGAAGCAGGGAGCAAAUCCCAUCUUAACCCACCUUCCUGGGAAGGGGCUCCCAAAACAAAAAGGAUCUGGACUGCUCUACUUGUGCCCCAGUGGCAGAGGCCUGAGCCCAUGGGCAGGUUGCUAGGGCAUAGUGACAGCGUGGGCCACCUCUCCAACUUGCUGCCAUGCUUUGUGUCCUUGCCUCCCUGAACCCUCAGUACCAGGCCCCGCCCAGGCUCCUGAGCCAGGGUCCCUAAUGCCUUCCCCAAAGCUUUGGUGCAUCUCAUUUGGAGUAUGGGCUGUAGUGCGACCAUCCUACACCUCACCCUCCGUCUCCAAGGAAAUGGGAGGUGGAGCCUCCUGGCUGAGAAAUUGUUUUGCAAAUGGAUCUAUUUUUGUACAAAAAAAUUUUUUUAAAGAAAAAUAACUUCCUUUCCCCUUCCCCUUCCAUAAUCAAAGAGGCUUUGAUAUUAGAUUCAGAGUUCCUGGGGUUCUCUUCAUAGGCCUCAGUGCUAAGCAUGCCCUUGGACCGUGUCCUCAACUGUCAACCCCCCCCCCCCCAGAACUCGGAGGCCAAGGCAGAUCCUCCCCCAGCAUCAGUUCUGGGCAGGAGAGAUCUCUUCUGGUUGGGCUGGGCCAAGCCUAAGAGUAGCAGGAACUCUAAGGCACAAGUUUUAUGAAUUCAGUAAAUUACCAAGCCAAAUGUGCAGAUGCUCACUGGAUAUCCUGAGAAGUGGGCCCAGAGGUGCUCCACACACCAUACCCCACUUCCUUCUGAAUAGUGGGCAGGGUGAACUGUUUGGUGGCCCCAACCCCAGGAAGCUCGGGUUCUCUGGCUUAGGGUGACACCUGUACCCUACUAUGUCCCUUUGAGCUUUCCACUUCAGCAAGGAGAGAAUGGCAUUGUUAAUGACUGGCCCAGAAGUACACUUGGUAGAACAUGGGGGAACUUGGGAGGCUUGCGGGUGACUCCAGGGGGCCUUGUGACAGGAAAGAAGGUUCUGGUUGCUAGAACUUGUGUCUGAAGGGGCAAAGGCAGCCCCAGGAAGACUGUGGUGCAGGAGCUCUGUUGCUCUCUUGGGUUGUCACCUUCCUCUUGCUCGCUGACAUCUAGGGCUUUGACCCUUUCUUUUUUAAUGUACUUUUGCUAAGAUGCAUUUAAUAAAAAAACAAAAACUGGGGUUGGGAGACAAAAUUCAAACCUAUUUCCCACACCACUUGGGCUCCCGGGAUGUCAUCACCUCCAGUUUGAUGGGUUUCCAACUGUUAAUAAAACAUUGAACAGCA